ACUAUACUCGAAAAAGGAGUAGUGCAGCCAGUAAAGAGCUAACACCAAACGUUGGCAGAACUGUAGACAAACUACUUUCGAAAACGGCAUUAUGUAUAUCCAAGGACGAUUCUUGUUGCUGAAACUUUUGGCGAUGCAACUUUGUGUUCUUCAGAAACCAGCAUCAGCCACUUACCCAGACAUACGAGAGUUUAUGAUGAAUCCUCCAAGAACCUGGACAUACAAUGCGACCCUGAAUUUCUCAUACAGUUGCAAAUUGGACGUUGCCAUAAACAAAAGUGGAAGAGACAUUUACUUUAACCAGUCCGCAAUCGAGAAAACGGGCAUCAUCAAGUCUGGAAUUCGCAUAGGACAUACUUAUCAGAGCUACGACCUCAGUGGGAGGCCCUGGAAUGUCAUGUUCAUUACUGACUUGGAUCUUUUUGACCAUGGACCUCAUCACCAAUGCUUGAAAUAUAAAAAAUACUUGGCCACUAGGAAAGCAUGAAGCAUUAACUGGAUUGACAGAAAAAUGGAGACCGUUGAAGAACAUAUAUAGUGAGCUCAACGACACCAACAAGAGCCGUCUAAAAGAUGACAAAUCACAAUCAAUUUUUUUACAUUAAACAACUUUGAUAAAACACA